AUGGGCCAUUCAGAUGCCACUGAUGUAUUAUACCACUACAAAUCAGCUUUGAAAGUUGGUGAGGUCGAGAGAUAUGUGAUCACCUAUGACUUAUACGAUGGUGAUGAGAUACCCACAGACAUAUCAUUAGACUCCCUAUGGUUAAAGGUAAAAAACCUGGAAAACCUCACACAUCGUGCUGCAUACCUCAUGGGUCCAUUCAUUCUUUACUGUGAUGUUAGAACAGAAGAUUACCAUCAUUCGAACAAGAUUUAUGCCUCUGUGGAUAGACCUAAGUAUGAGCCCAAUUUACAAGCACAACAGAGAUGCAUUGCUGAAUUAUCACUGCAUCAGAUUAAAAAACGGUACGUGUGGAUUGUAGAUGUCGUAAGCCAAAUUCUCUUUAGUACCGUGUCUCAAAUUGCAUUUGAAAUCACCAUUGGUAAAACUAAGCAAGCCUUAGAUGAGAAAGUGGAUGGAUUAAUUGAGAAUGGAUCACUUUCUAACCAGUUAACGGUAUCGAGGCUUACUACAUUAGAUCUUUGGAAUCUACCACAUCAAUUGCAAAUGAAGAAGAAAGUAAAACAUUUGGUGAUUCUUACUCAUGGCCUUCAUUCUAAUGUAUCGACAGACAUGGUAUAUCUUAUGGAAGAAAUUUACAAGGCACAAGCAAAUUAUCCAGAUGAACAGAUUGUGGUUAAAGGUUACACAGGAAACGUUUGUCAGACUGAGAAAGGUGUUAAAUACAUGGGGACCAGAUUAGCCAAAUAUAUUGCCGAGGAGCUUUAUGAAGAAUCCGUAGGGAAAAUUUCCUUCAUUGCACAUUCAUUGGGUGGUCUAGUACAGACGUUCGCAAUUUCAUAUAUUGCUGUCAAGUAUCCAUGGUUCUUUCAAAGAGUGAGACCGAUUAAUUUUAUUUGCAUAGCCUCUCCAUUUUUAGGUGUGGUUACUGAUAAUCCGGCCUACGUUAAUCUACUUCUGUCCUUUGGUGUCAUUGGAAAAUCAGGUCAAGAUUUGAGUCUCGAGAAAGAGCCUCAUAGUGGAGCUCCUUUACUUUAUCUUCUAUCAGGCGAUCCUUUUAAAAGUAUACUAGUGAAAUUUAAAAGAAGAACACUUUACAUGAAUGCAGUCAAUGAUGGAAUUGUCCCCUUAUACACAGCUUCCAUGCUGUUUUUAGACUACGAAGAAGUAUUACGAAAGUUGAAAGAGCUCGAAAACAAUCAAACAACUUUGCAAGCUGAUAACGCUGGAGUCAUUCAUCAAGAAGAUUUUGUUGGUAAGCACUUAAUCUCACCUUUCAACAAAUUUGUUAGUAUGCUAGCCCCUCAGAAGUUUCCAGGUGAUAUUUCUAAAAUUCCAAAGCAAUCCUUUUUAGAAUCUGCCAUGUCUACCAUCAUUCCACCAUUACCUGAUCAGUCUUUUAUUCUAGAUCCCGGUUCCAGAAAACCUGUCAUUGUUCAUGACAAGAUUUACACUGAGAAGGAUAUUCCACCAAUGCUGUCAGAAGCAGAAGAUACUUAUAAGCAUAGUAAGAAUAUUUUGUUAGAACCAUUUACGAUUAGACGCAAGGAUAAGGGAAAAAGUCUGGAAGAGACUAUUGCAAGAAGAUGGCAUGAAGGUGUAUCAUGGAGGAAAGUGGUCGUUUCACUAAAACCCGACGCCCAUAACAAUAUUAUAGUAAGAAGAAGAUUCUCGAAUGCUUACGGCUGGCCCGUUAUGGAUCAUUUGAUAGAAGCACACUUUAACGGUGAUGAUAAUAACGAUUAUACGCAUUGCAAUUAUUUGGAAAACUCUGAAGAACUCAUACCACAGGAUCAAAGCGGACACAUGUUGGAACCUAAUAAAGAUUACGCAUGGAUUACCAGGGUGGAAAAUGCAAGGCUUUUCGAUGAGGGUCCCACUGGAAUGAUUUCUACUGUAGGUGAAAUCCUAGACACCUUUUCUAGGAAGACAUUUUAUGAACAUGCUCAAAACGAUGAUUCCAAUGGGGGGAAUAUCGAACACAACGGAUUCAAUACGUUUGAACUUGAAAAUGGAAGUAUCUGA